UUUAAACACGGUAACAAUUAAUGAUUCCAUAAAAUUAAACAUAAAAUCUGAGGAUCUCAAGUAUACUUACUCAGCAUGUUUGCUGACUAACGCUUCAUGGCCCUAUAAAAGGUUUCUAUAUGUAUCCCAAAUGCAUGUCUAGAUUUGUGAAGUUUACUAAGGCAUUUAAUAUAACUUUAAAAAAAUUUACUGCAAAACUUUAAAAAAAAAAAAUAAAAAAAAAAUUAAACGCUCAACUUCAUCAUAGUAGUUGAUGAGACUAGGAUGUCAUAAUACUUAACACGGAAAACACCAUCGGAUGUGACCGCCCUCAAAUACUCGGUGAGAACAACAGCAAACCCUCAUACUCGUAUAUUACCUCCAUCAAAAACGGUGAUGGAUCUGGCCAGGUUUUUGGAGCUUGUGAUUAUUUCUCUUGCAACUUUUGGAACUCGGUAUUUAGUUCAUUGUGAGGUGUUCACGGAAUCUGAACAGUCGGCUAUUGAUGAGGCGAUUGAGGAGCUAAUGAACUGCAGAAAAAUUCCAGGCCUGGGGUUAAGUAUCGUCAAAAACGACGAGUCCUUUGCAAAAGGUUAUGGAAUGGCGGACGUAGAGGAUGAACUGGCGAUGACAGAGAACACUUUGAUGUGCAUCGGGUCCACGACUAAAGCUUUCACCAGCGUCCUCUUGGGCAUACUUAUUACAGAGAACAGCAAACAGGGCGGAACUUUAUCAUGGACGACAACGUUACGUGAGAUAUUUGGUGACGACUUCAAUCUGACCUCUGACCCUGUCAUAAGUUCACAGGUCACACUAGCCGACCUUCUCUCACAUCGUUCUGGCGUUGCCUCCGUGGACGCUUUGUUGAUGGCACAGAUAUACUCGGAGGAUUACGGAAAGAAUCUGCUAGGACGAUUGCACUUAUUACCAAAGAGGGGUCAGUUUCGCGGUCAGUUCAGUUACAACAAUCUGAUGUACGGCUUGGCAGGUCUGGCGGCCGAGACCUUAGGAGAGAAGCCAUACUUCGAGUUACUAACUGAGAAAAUACUUGACCCACUGGGUAUAUCGUCGGCCGUGUUGAUAGACAACUUAGAUUUCACUCAGAACCUUACCAGUAAACCGUAUCAAAUGAUCAACGGAACAGUUAGAAAAGGAGACUCCAAAUUCUACCGGCUGGGUUCGUUCUCACCGGCAGGCGGACUAUGCCUAUCCCCAUCGGACAUCACCAAGUGGCUGCAUUUCCUGAACAGUUACGGUAAAACGCCCUCUUAUCAGAGCCUGGUCGGUAGUUUGACUUUCGUCGAAAUGAUUUAUCCACAGGUGACAAUGGACUUUCUGACCCAGCUAAGUUUUGGCUUGUUUGAACAAUUUCCCGAGCCUUCCAUCACAUCGUGGUAUGGUUUUGGAUGGUUUGGAAGAUUCUACAGGGGAAACAUCGACUUCUUUCAUGGUGGAUCCCUCUUCUCUUACUCCAGUGUGGUGGUUACAAACCCAACCAAACGGACAGGAAUCGCUCUGACCCAGAAUGGCCUGUAUCCCAUAAUACUCACUAUGGAUCUCUAUCCUCUAGCUUACUACAUCAAGGACAUCCUUGAAGGUCAUACACCAUGGCUGAACAAGUCAACUAUCUGUUCCUACCCUGAACCUUGGCAGAGAGCCUAUCGCAGCCCACCACCAGAUCAAAAUGUAGUCGACAAAUAUGUGGGAGAAACCGUGAAUUUUACGGGGACUUUUAGUCACAUUUUGUAUGGGGAGGUUGUCGUGGAAGAGAAUAAUGCAUCUCUGUAUUUGAUGUGGGGGAAUAUAAUCAAAGGCACUCUCUAUGACAUUAAGAAUUUGCAGUUCAAACUGAGGUUGAAGGAUGAUACAUAUCGUGUUCUUGGUCAUGAAUUAGGGUCAAUAGCUGUUAUAUUUAGUGAGGAAAUCUCGGGUAGAUACAACAAAGUGGAAAUCAAAUUUUCAAAAGUAAUGGAGACUUAUGACUUCAGAAAACAAGUUUUAUUAAGUUCAACUUUAUCAUCCAUAUCUUCAUCAGCAACCAUACUAAAUUUGUACAGAACGGAAUUAUCUGUACUUUGCAGUAUUUUGCUCAUCCUUGUCAAUAUCUAUUCUUAACUACAAAGUCAUUUGCAAUGCUAUAGUUCCCUUUUAACAUUCAAGUACUUAAACUGGUGAUAGUACCACUCAAUGUCCAUUGUGAGAGAGUGUAAAAUUUCAAAUCUCUGAAGGCUUUAAAUUCAUUCUAAGUGAGAUUUUUCAUUUUUUGACAAAGAGUUUUUGUGAAUGAAUUGGAACAUUAGUUAUUUGUGUGCAUAAGAAGGACACUACAGAAGAAUUUUUUAACUCAUAAAUCUGAAGUUUACGUCCACAUUUAUUGGACAGUAAAUCAACUAAUUUCAUGGGUAUUAUGUAUCCUUUAAAACAUGAGACCAUUUUUCUGAUGAAGGUUCCUCUGGGGUCACAAAAUGGCUAGGGAUCCGGCUCCCUCCUGGCGUAUUUUCUGGCACAGCAAAUCUAUCCCAUUCCUGUCUGUUAAAGAAGAGGUAUAGGAUAUUUACUGUAGUACAGAAAAUUAUUGGGGUAGAGACUCUCAAAUGUAUGUAGAAAAUCAGGACUUGAAAUUAUUUUUCAUAAAAACCAAGUUUCUUUAUUGAAACAUUACAUAAAUAAAAUUCCAUACAUUAUGCAUAUCAUGGAUGUAAGAUGUAAUUGCUAAUUCACCCCAUCUUUUAUUCUGACCCCCCCCCCCCCCCCUCUCCCCAAUUGGAAAGUAAUUCAUGAUCCAUAUGAUUCUGUAAAUUUCUUGAAAUUUUUUGAAAAUCACCUCAAAGAUAUAGUAGGGUCUCCUUUCACAUUUCACCUUGAGCAAACAAUGUGGCCAUUUUGCAUCACACACUUUAAGAUUGUUAUUAAACGUUGGUGUUUUUCUUUUCUGUAUAAUACAUAACAAUGGUUUCUGCUUUGGACAUUAAAGGUUUCAAUUUUUUUUGUUAUUUUGUUAGUUUAGAGUGUCGUCAUACCUGAUUUGUAUAAAAGACUCGUAACUGUAAUUGGCUUGAUCAUAAUACUGGUAAAAUGAUAACAUGGGAUCUCCUUCCGAGAAAUUCUCUGUAAAUAUAUAGUACAUGCAUAUAUCUAUAUAAAAAUGUUUAUUAAAGUAUUUUGUGCAAAAACACAGAUAUAGAAAAUC